AUGCCUGAAUAUGGGCCGACUACAGACUUUUCACAAAGUGGAAUACUGCCAGUAUAUCAGCAGUAUGAACCUCAAGUGAGUGAAUUUGAAUAUCGGCCACUAUCAGAAUUCACGCCUUAUUGGUCGUCUCCUGAAAUAGCCGAAAAUGAAAGACAAGCAGAAACGACUAGAUAUUGGCCGCUCCCAGAAAUUAGUGGAUAUGGCUCUCAACCAGAUAGAAGUGAAUAUAUGUCAGCGCCAGAAGUAACUGAAUGUGGGCCACUGCCGUAUGGAAAUCAAUAUUCGACAGGUCCAGAAAACGUUGAAUAUGGAGAAUAUUUCAAUGUAAAUGAAUAUAUGACACCUACAGAAAAUGUUCAAUAUGGAGCUUAUCCGGUUACAAAUGGAUAUUGGCAAGCUCCUGAGUAUAAUGGAUAUGGCUGUAUAUCAAAUAUUAAUGAAUAUAUGUCAGCGCCAGAAGUAACUGAAUGUGGGCCGCUGCCAUAUGGAAGUGAAUAUUGGACAGAUCCAGAAAAUGUUGGAUAUGGGACGUAUUCGGUUAUAAAUCAAUGUUGGCCAGAUCCACAAACUAUUGGAGAUGGAGCAUAUUCAAAUAUAAAUGAAUAUAUGCCAACUGAAGAAAAUGUUCAAUAUGGAGCUUAUCCGGUUAUCAAUAGAUAUUGGCAAGUUCCUGAAUGUAGUGAAUAUUGCCCUCAAACAGAUAUAAAUGAAUAUAUGUCAGCGCCAGAAGUAACUGAAUGUGGGCCACUGCCCUAUGGAAAUGAAUAUUGGACAAGUUCAGAAAAUGAGGGAUAUGCAGCAUAUUCUAAUACAAAUGAAUAUAUGCCAACUGCAGAAAAUGUUCAAUAUGGAGCUUAUCCAGUUAUAAAUGUAUAUUGGCAAGUUCCUGAAUAUAAUGGAUAUGGCCCUCAAUCAGAUAUUAAUGAAUAUAUGUCAGCGCCAGCAGUAACUGAAUGUGGGCAACUGCCAUAUGGAAGUGAAUAUUGGACAUAUCCAGAAAAUGUUGAAUAUGGGGCGUAUUCGGACAUAAAUCAAUGUUGGUUAGAUCCACAAACUAUUGGAUAUGGGGCAUAUUCCGAUAUAAAUGAACAUAAGCCAGCUGCAGAAAAUGUUCAAUAUGGAGCUUCUCCGGUUAUAAAUGAAUAUAGGACAGCUCCAGAAAAUACAGGAUAUGAAACAUAUUGCGAUAUAUAUCAACAUUGGCCAACCCCAGAAGUAUUUGAAUAUGGUCAGCAUCCAGAUAUAAAUAAACACUGGACAGCUGCAGAAAUUUUUGCAGAUGGAACUCAACCAAGUAUAAAUGGAUAUAUGCCAGUUCCAGAAAAUAAUAGAUUUGAACAACAACCUACUAUGAACGAAAAUUGGCAAGCCUCAGAAAUGUUUGAUUAUGGGCAGCAACCAAAUUUAACUGAAUAUUGGCUGUUUCCAGAAAUAAAUAUGUAUGACUAUCAGCAGCUGGUAGAACUUCAGCAUUAUUCGCCGCCAACUGAAGUGUCAGAAUCUACCGAAAAUGGAAAGCUGCAAUAUGAACUUCCCGGAAACGUGGAACAAACAGAAUUUCUCAAAUAUGAGUCUACAGCUCAUAAUUCUGAAAAUCCAUUAGAACCAAAGUCACAUAUUACAUCAGAAACGCGUCAUCAGCAACUUAAAGUUUCUGAGUUUCAAGUGAAAGAUCCUGAUCAAACUCAAAAUUACGAAACUCACUUAGAACAUGGCAGUUCUGCCGAAUGUAAUUCAGAGAAAGACUUAAAAGACGACAAAGACGAAAAAGUGUCUGAAAAUAUAAUUACAAACAGCACAAGUGAAGAAACUUCUUGUGAACUCAAUGCUACAAAACAGUUUCCUAUUGUAAGUUGA